CUCCAGUCACGAAGUGUCGAAAAGAUCGUUGCCGUGCGGAUUUUCACCCCCGGUGUCCGCAAAGUAUACGGUUACAUUUAGUUUAAUGUGCUGAACCAGCAGAGUUUGUCCCCGCUCCGGGGAAUAGCCGCUACAUGGGUCUCAUCUGGGGGUGUCCGUUGUUUCCGAUUGAGUUGUUUUGAUCGCCGGGUUCCCAGACGGCGUGCCGAUGUGUCGUCUGUCAGGCUAAAAGCGCCACCGAUCUGCGCGUCACCCUACAAGAUGGACACCGCCGAGGAAGCUGAUAUAUGCAGGGUGUGCCGGUCCGAAGGGACCCCCGACAAGCCCCUCUAUCACCCCUGUGUCUGUACCGGCAGCAUUAAGUUCAUCCACCAAGAAUGCUUGGUUCAAUGGCUAAAGCACAGCAGGAAAGAGUACUGUGAAUUAUGCAAGCACAGAUUCGCAUUCACGCCAAUUUAUUCCCCCGACAUGCCGUCUCGGCUUCCAGUUCAGGAUAUCCUGGCGGGACUGGUGACUAGUAUCGGCACGGCCAUACGCUAUUGGUUCCACUACACGCUUGUGGCCUUUGCCUGGCUGGGGGUGGUCCCCCUGACAGCAUGUCGAAUGUACAAGUGUCUGUUUACUGGCUCUGUGAGCUCCCUACUGACGCUGCCCAUAGACAUGCUAUCCAUGGAGAAUUUGCUGGCAGACUGCUUGCAGGGCUGCUUCGUGGUGACGUGCACCUUGUGUGCCUUCAUUGGCCUGGUGUGGCUGCGGGAACAGAUCGUCCAUGGCGGCGCCCCCCAGUGGCUGGAGCAGAACCUGGAGCAGCCCCCCAAUGAAGCUGGCCAACCAAAUGAGGUGCCAGGUGAGGAAAACGGUCCAGCGGAGAAUCAGCCUGUGGUUCCUAAUGGCCACGGAGAGGAGGAGGAGGCGGUUAACGACCCCGAGGCCCAGCUGGACGCCGAGGAAGACGAGGAUGGUGACGACGAGGAUGACGAUGAGGAGGAUGACGCUGCAGAAGACGGGGAGGAGGCCAACAACGGGGCCCAAGAUGACAUGAACUGGAAUGCACUGGACUGGGACCGAGCUGCAGAGGAGCUGACUUGGGAGAGGAUGCUUGGACUUGAUGGCUCCUUGGUGUUCCUGGAACACGUCUUCUGGGUCAUUUCACUGAACACCCUCUUCAUCCUUGUUUUUGCUUUCUGUCCGUAUCACAUCGGUCACUUCUCAGUCGUGGGACUUGGUUUUGAAGAUUAUAUAGAAGCUUCUCACUUUGAUGGCUUGAUCACGACGAUCGUGGGCUAUGUCCUCCUGGCUGUAACCUUAAUUGUGUGUCAUGGUCUGGCAGCCCUGGUGAGAUUUCAGAGGUCACGACGCUUGUUAGGUGUUUGCUACAUUGUUGUAAAGGUGUCUUUGUUGGUAGUUGUGGAGAUCGGCAUCUUCCCCCUGAUUUGUGGCUGGUGGCUGGAUAUCUGUUCCUUGGAGAUGUUUGACGCUUCUUUGAAAGACAGAGAGCUGAGCUUUGACUCGGCCCCCGGGACGACCAUGUUCCUGCAUUGGCUGGUGGGCAUGGUUUACGUCUUCUACUUUGCAUCUUUCAUUCUUCUGCUGCGAGAGGUUCUGAGACCUGGUGUCCUGUGGUUUCUGAGAAACCUCAACGACCCCGACUUUAACCCUGUGCAGGAGAUGAUCCACCUGCCCAUAUACAGACACCUUAGACGGUUCAUUUUAUCAGUGGUGGUGUUCGGUUCCAUCGUCCUUCUCAUGCUGUGGCUGCCCAUACGAAUAAUCAAACUCGUUUUUCCGAACUUCCUUCCGUACAACGUAAUGCUCUACAGUGACGCCCCAGUAAGUGAGCUGUCACUGGAGCUGCUGCUGCUGCAGGUGGUGCUGCCGGCAUUACUGGAGCAGGGCCACACCCGCCAGUGGCUAAAGGGCCUGGUGCGGGCCUGGACCGUCACCGCCGGUUACUUGCUAGAUCUUCACUCUUACUUGCUUGGAGACCAGGAGGAGAGCGACGACGACGGCCAGCAACAGGCCAACAACAACCAGCAGGUCCGCAACGAGGAGGCGGCCCCGGCCGUGGGGGAGGGGCUGCACGCGGCUCACCAAGCCAUCCUCCAGCAGGGCGGCCCCGUGGGUUUCCAGCCGUACCGCCGGCCUGUCCGCUUCCCCUUCAGGAUCGUGCUGCUCAUCGCGUUCAUGUGCGUGACGCUCCUGGCGACCAGCCUCAUCUGUCUCACGUUACCGGUGUUUGCCGGCCGCUGGUUGAUGUCAUUCUGGACGGGCAGCGCCAAGGUCCACGAGCUUUACACGGCGGCCUGCGGACUCUACGUGUGCUGGCUGUCUGUCCGAGCCAUCACCGUCCUGCUAGCCUGGAUGCCCCAGGGUCGCACGGUCCUCAUCCUCAAGGUCCAGGAGUGGUCAGUGAUGAUCUUGAAGAGCCUGGUUGUGGCCCUCCUGGUGGCUGGGGUCAUUCCGCUUCUUCUCGGCCUGCUGUUCGAGCAGGUCAUCGUGGCGCCCCUCCGCGUUCCCCUCGACCAGACGCCGCUCUUUUACCCGUGGCAGGACUGGGCCCUAGGAGUCCUUCAUGCCAAGAUCAUCGCUGCUGUCACCCUCAUGGGUCCUCAGUGGUGGCUGAAAGUAGUGAUCGAGCAGGUGUAUGCAAAUGGGAUCCGGAACAUGGACCUGCAUUUCAUCAUCCAGAAGUUGGCGGUUCCGGUCAUUUCAGUCUUACUCCUGUCUCUCUGCGUCCCCUACGUCAUAGCUGCGGGUAUUGUUCCUGUCAUGGGGGUCACAGCGGAGAUGCAGAACCUGGUACAGCGGCGCAUCUACCCAUUUCUCCUGAUGGUGGUGAUGCUCAUCGGAAUCCUGUUCUUCCAAAUCCGACAGUUCAAGCGCCUUUAUGAGCACAUCAAGAACGACAAGUAUCUCGUCGGUCAAAGGCUUGUAAACUAUGAGCGCAAGGCAGGCAAAGCGAACGUAGCCCCGCCCCCCAGCUCCACACAGGAGUAACGUUAUAAAGCAGGACAUUCAUCUAAGAAAGACUGCCUGGCAACCCCUUGCUUGGCCCUGCCUUCUCUCUUUCUGUACGACAUUUUUCACAUCCAGGCUCUCGGCACCGAACCAAAUUUUGUCCUCCGUUUGUAAAGGCAGCCUAUGUACUUUGGCUUCGCUCAGAAGCCACCGAGCUCGGACUGAGACAAGAAGGAGCCUUGUACAUGUUAACCAAUGUGGAUAUUAAUUUAUUAAAUCGAAUCGUCACUUUAUUUCAUGGAUUCUUGUUGAGUCUGGACAGGAAUCUGCUGCCUUUGACACAUCAGACUGCCUUUGUACUGUCUGGAUCAGCCUGUUUUUUUUGGGACACUUGUCUGCCUCUGGGGGCGGUGUAAUAUUUGAGUCUGCAUCCAGACUGAUCAUGUGCUAUACAGCAUUACUUACCUUCCAAAAUGAUACACCACCGUUGCUCUCUGUUUCAUGCUAUUUUAGUUGAGCAAAAUGUAUAGUAACUGCUAAAUUAUUCAAGGGUAGUGACUAUUCGUAUUUAACCUGUAACGGAAACUGUUUUUUUUCCUUAUAUUGUUGCUGGUUGUCUUUUGGUGAGUUAUUAAGAAUGGAAAAGCUUUAACAGUGACCUUACAGUGAUGGCAAAACAGCAUGUGUGAGUCACAUUUUCAGUUAACCAAAUGCUGCUAUUUCUUAUUUUUUUUCCUGCUUUGUUCAUUGUGUGUAUAUAUAUAUUUUUUUAAUGUACACAAAAUACUUCAAAGGGUUUGGACAGUGUUCUUAUACACCACAAUAUGGUUAUAAUUUGAUAUUUAUUACACAUUGAAGUUUGUGAAUUAAAUACAAACAUUUUUUCCAUUUCAGUUUCCCUUGUUUUAACAAAUUUGAAACGAUGUUUAGUUCUUGAUAAAUCUAGACCACUCUUGGGCUGUUGUUUGUUACGGUUCAUUAGACAGAAGGACUUGUCUAAGUUAGUCCUCUGAUGCAUGUUAAAGUUGUGAUCUGACGCUAGAUUGUACCGCUGCUUACGAGGCUGUGUGACCACCUUCAGUUCCUCAGAGAAGGACAUUACUAGGGACAAGUCUGCUAGUGCAGGGUGGUCAUAUUUAAGACAUUUUUUUAAAUCCUAAGGGAGUGUAAAAAUACUCAUGGAAAUGGAAUAUUUAUCCUUGCACCAUUUUGGAAGUGGCAUUUGGUAAAUACUAAAUGCAUUUUUCAUUAAAUAGGUCAAUAAACACAUGCAUACCACAUA